CGGCCGGUAUCCUAGCAACGGUCCUGGGGCUGUUGAGCCGCCUCCCCCCCCCAGCUCGGCGCUGAGAUGGAGUCGGUGGAAAGCGGCCCCCUGCCUCCAGCCCCGGACCUGUGUGGUGUUGACGUCUAUGACGUCCCGGACCCGGGGCUGCUCACGGAAAAGAACGAGCCAUCGUUUUCAGAGCCAGUCCCCCAGCGUUUUACCAGCAGCUCAGAGUGGCAGAGCAUGACUGUGUGCAGCCGUGCCCGCCAGCUGUGGCUGCUUCUGCGUGCAAGCCUCCAGAGCUUCGUGGAAAAGGCAAAGAGAGCUGAGCUGCGCGCGGCGCGCCUGACGCACGGGCUGGAGCCACUGCGCCGCCUGGCGGUGGCAGCCGGGCUGUGUUCAGUGGCGCAGGACCCGGUGGGUAGACGCUUCGUGGUGCUGGACGGCGCAGGCCUCCUACACCUGCACAGAGAGGACGGCUUGGCACAGGAGAAGUUGCCGGCUCCCAUCACACUUACAGGGCUGGUGGCAGUGCUGGGCCCGCUGGGUGCCGUGGGCCGCUUUGUGGGCUGGGGCCCAGCGGGUCUGGCUAUACUAAGGUCUGACCUCAGCUUACUGUGGCUGAGUAAGCCAGGGCUGUUCAGAGCACCUGGCCACGAGCCCAUCUGCUGCCUGCCGGUGCCCAAUCCCGGGCUGCUGCUGGUGGCAGCGGCAGGCGGCAUCCUGGCCCUCUGGAAGUUCCGUUCAGGGGGUCGCUGCCUGGUUCCACAGGGGUCGCCUCUGCAGCUGCCAGCAAGCCCCCCAGGAGCGCUCGUGCGCCUGGCUCUGGGGCCUCAGCCCCCCUGUCACCUCCCAUGCUGCUUUGCAGCCUGCGGCUCUGCUGUGCUCACCUGCGAUCUGCACACCUGGGCUCUCAUAGAUGUGCGACGGGACUUGCACAAAACCACCGUCUCGGACCUGGCGUACUGCAGUGAGCUCGAGGCCAUGGUGACAGCGUCCCGGGACAGCACAGUGAAGGUGUGGGAGGCAGACUGGCAGAUCCGGAUGGUGUUCGUGGGCCACUCAGGCCCGGUGACUGCUGUGGCUGUGCUCCCGAACACGUCCCUGGUGCUGUCGGCUUCGCAGGACGGGACGCUUCGCACGUGGGACCUGCAGGCAGCGGCGCAGGUGGGAGAGGUGGCACUGAGCUGCUGGGACCGGAGCGUGCCGCCCGAGAGCGUGAGCCGCCUGCUGGCCCCUGCCGGCCCGGGCUGGCCCUUGCUCUCCUUGCGCGCCAGCAGCGUGGAGUUGUGGUGCCUGCGUGAGCUCUACUCGCCCUUGGCACAGCUGUCGGCGCCAGUGCUGCACCUGCAGGUGGUGCCCGUGCUGCCCACGCUGGCGCCCCCGGCCCCUCAGCUGCCGGUGCGCCUUGUGUGCGCAUGCGCCGACGGCUCAGUUUCCCUGGUCUCGGCCUUGACCGGACGCGUGGUGAACGCGCUUCUGCUCGAGCCCGAAGACCGCGCGGCCGCUGUGGCCUAUUGCCUGCAGCGAGAGGUGCUGUGGCUGCUGACGCGCACCGGGCACCUGCUGUGCGCCAAUUCUGCGCGCUGCCCCAUGCAGGUGCUGCACCGCCUGCGCCCACCGCUGCCCCCCACUCCCAGGCCCUGCUGCCUGCACCUCUACAGCCACCUCACAGACCCCAGGAGCGCGUUUGCCAGCUGGGAGAUCGUGUGCCAGCACAAGGGCGACCUGUGCCACAGAGACAUGGCCUGGACCUGGAAGGAUAAGAACCGGUGGGUGCCACAGCCAGCGAGGGCUGGGCGAGGCGACAGGGCCACGCAACAGGCUCGUGUUGCCCGCAGGUACCUGCCUGUGGUGGGGCAUACGGAUGGCACCCUGUCGGUACUCGAGCUGCGCUCCUCCAAGACUGUUUUCCGAACGGAGGCUCACAGCCCAGGCCCCGUCACCGCCAUCGCGUCCACCUGGAACAGCGUCGUGUCCUCGGGGGGAGACCUGACUGUGAAGAUGUGGCGCGUCUUCCCCUACGCCGAAGAGAGCCUGGGUCUGCUGCGCACCUUCUCCUGCUGCCACCCGGCCGUGGCGCUCUGUGCCCUGGGGUCGCGCGUCACCGUGGGCUUUGAGGACCCAGACAGCGCCACCUACGGCUUGGUGCAGUAUGGCCUGGGCAACAGUCCGCGCUGUGAUCACCGGCCCCAGGAUGACCCCACCGACCACAUCACCGGCCUGUGCUGCUGUCCCGCCCUCAAGCUGUACGCCUGCUCCAGCCUGGACUGUACCAUCCGCAUCUGGACAGCGGAGAACCGCCUGCUGAGAGCCCCAGCGGCUCCCGCCUCUGCCAGGUUCUCCCACCUCUGCCCCCUCCGGAGCCCCCAGCCCUCACUUCUCCCACCUCUGCCCUGCUGCUGCCUCUGUCUCCUACUCCAAGGUGCAAGGCUGGACUCUUGCCCUGAACACCUCUCCAGGCUCCUGCAGCUGAAUGGUGCCCCUCAGGCCCUGACCUUCUGCAGCAACAGUGGGGACCUGGUGCUGGCACUGGGCUCCCGCCUCUGCCUGGUGUCACACAGGCUCUACCUGCCCACGUCUUACCUGGUUAAGAAGCUGUGCCAGGAGACGCCUGAUGAGGUGCAUGGCCCUCCACUGACCAACAAGGAGUCACUGGCAUCAGCCCAGCCGCAGAGGCUUGCCAACCUGCAUGGGGUGGCCGGCCUCAGCAUGGCCUCGUCUUUCAUCCAUCGCCAGACGGCAACACCUCAGCAGCCUGUGUUGGAGGAGGUGGGGUGGGUCCUGCCCCUAGCCUGCCCCCUGCCCCCUGCCCCCUGCCUCUGCCCCUGCCCAGGCCACUCUCCAUCAGUCCCUGGGGCAGGCCUGGGACACCCGUGGCUGUCUGGGCAGCACACAGCAAGGCUCAAGGAGGAAUGGGCUCACCCCCGACCCCCACCCCAGGACUUGCAGGCCCUCAUCGCCCGGGACCACGACCUUCAGCAGCUAGGACUGGGGCUGGUGGGCCCGGCAGCCCGGCCCCCACCCUCCUGGCAGCAGCGCCAGGAGGCCUUUGAUAACUACCUUCGUCUGAUCUAUGGCCCUGACCUGCUGGUGAGUGAGGGCUUCCCCCAGCCCCUCCCUUUGCCCUGGGCCUCUGGCACUGCCCAUCUGCCCCACCCUCCCUGCCAGGGCACGUGCUCUGGACGAGAGUCCCAGCGAUGGAGCACCACGACUGUCACGGUGGAGAGAGACACGCGGGAUGCAUGUGCCCUGCCUGGUCCCUCGCAGGCUGGCGUCUGCGCCGAAGCCCCAACAGUGCCGACAGUCCUGCCACCCCAGGACCUGGGCACCCAGGGCCGGCGCUUUGCCCGCCCUCCCCGAGUCACCUUGCCCAUCCCCCCCACCCACCGGAGGGUGCACAGCAGAGCAUCCCAGCUGCUGGCCCGCUCCUCCCUGAGCUCCGACCUGGGCCUCAGUCUGGACCUGCAGCUGCAGUCGGAGCCGCUCCUCGGGGAGAAGCCUGUGGCCCCGGACCCACCAUCCUACCUGCAGCACAGGAUCCCCCUGCUGCCGAAGAGGCGGCCCCAGGCGCUUCUCUCCAACCUCGGGGGCUUCUAUCCUGCCACCAUUCAGCCCGACAAGGACUCGAGGCGGCCCAUCCACUUCCCUGGCUGUGUGCCCAACUCUGUGGUGCUGCAGCAGAUGUGGCAACCCGGGCAGGUCGGCGGCCUCAAAGCCCUCUGCCAGCUCAUGGGCAGCAGACCCAAGGUAGGACACAGCCGAGACGACCUGGGGCUGCGCCAGGGCGGCUGGCGGCACCACGCCAAGUGGCAGCAGAACCUGCUCCAGUGGCUGGGGGAUGCAGAGGAGCAAGGAGAGCUGGUUCUGGACUUGGCCUCAGAUUCUCUGAGCCCCCACGGGCAGCCUUCAGACCAGCUGCUGGAGUCCAGGGAGCAGGAGGCUGAAGUGGGCCGCCAGGGCGCUGUGGCCGGGCCUCAGGAGCUGCUUGGAGAGGAAGGGUCUGCAGCUGUGGCCACGCCCCUGCCCCAUCAGAGCUCCAGGUUUUUGCUCCGGAAGCCCAGCGGCUCCCCAGACACCACCAUCAGGAAAGAGAGCUAUUUCUGCCGCCCCCAGUACCGCCACAGGCGCUCGCUCUGGGGAGAGCGCUAUGGGCAUCUGCCGAGGUUCCUGCAUUUUCUCAUCGGCCAGAACUGGUUCAAAAAGCUCUUCCCCAUCUUCACUCUGGAGGCGUACCCUGAGGUGGGCACGGUGGAGGGCCUGGCCUCGCUGUUCUUGGACCUGCUGGAGGAGGCCUCCUGGGCAGACCGCGGGCACAUCCUCCACGCGCUGCUGAGGCUGCUGCCUGACGUCAGCCAGGACCUCUGCAGCCGGCUGCAGGGCGUCCUCCUGUGCUUGCUCAACCGGGACCAGCCCCCCAGCCUCGAGGUGAGCCCGGAAUCCCGCGCCCCACCCGGCUCGGGCCUCAGGCACCAAGCAGAGCUCCCCCCCACCCCUCAGGACCCAACGCAGAAGCAGUUUGUGAUGCUGGCGCUGCAGCUGCUCCUGGCCUGCUCCCUGGAUGCGCGCGAGGUGGUGCUGGAGCUCUCGGCCUACUUCCUGUACUCGCCAGCGCCCUGCCGGCCGGAGAUCCAGAAGCUGAUGGACGGACUAGGCCUCCAGGACCCUCAGGGCUUCCUGUUCCAGGAGAUGACGACCUGGGUCCGGGCUCCAGACCUCGGCUCCAAGGCCGCACUGCGCGAGCGCUGCCGCCAGAAGCUGGAGGAAAUGAUGCAGCCGUUGCAGGUCAGGGCGGGCAGCGCUGGGGGGGCGCCUGCCCGCAGAGCCUCUCGCCGCCGUCUCCCCAGGCUCUCCCCCUGGGCAGAGGAGCGAGCUGAGCCGGGCGAGGCCAGCAGGCUCCUCGCCCCGGCUCUGGCUCUGCCUCCCGGGCUCUCUCCCACCCCCCAGCUUCCUGUGUGCCACCGGAGGGAGUCUGGGGGGGUGGUCUCAGGCUGGCGAGGGGGCAGCACCUCUCCAGCCUCCCUGCGGGGGGGGGGGGGGCGGGGCCGCUUCCACCCGGGCCAGGACACCCCCUCCCCCGGCUCCCUCCCGCAGACGGAAGCCUGGCAGCCGUCUGUAGCCAAGUUGUCCGAGAUGCUGCCCAAGAUAGCGCUUCCCCCUCCCAAGGGGGCCCCGCCACCCAUGUCGAUGCUCUCUGGGACAACUGCUCAUGUAUCUGUGACCCCCUCCGUCCACUCUGGGACACCCUCAAGCAUCUCCUGGACGCCCGCACGGGUGGUCUCGCCUGGGGAGCUGGACUCGGCCGCGCCGGAGGCCCAGGCGCAGCAGAUGCGCCCACAGAGGAGCUCGGGGCGGAGCAGACGUGCGCUGUCGGAGACACUGGUGCACUUCCGCCCCUUUCCUGAGGUCCACCCAUGGUCCUCGGCCCCGGCCGCCCUGCUUGAUGAGCCACUGCCCCUGGAGCAGACGGACUGGUCGCGGUCCAAAAUGCUGGACCUGGGGCCCAUCGACGCCCUCAACUUCUUCUGCGAGCAGCAGCGGGCUCGGCAGCAGGGCGUCCUGCAGGGGGAGUUUGAGCGCCCACGACGCCCCCCACGCCUGCACCCACGGGGCCCCAACACGGUGGUGCCACAGCCGCGGGAUCGCCGGCACUACCCUAUCCUCCGGCUUCAGGAGGCCCAAGUCCAGAGGCCUCCGGUGAAAGUGAGGGGCCACGUGCUGUCCCGGCUCUGGGAGGACCACACCCUGGACAGCCCCGCGAGGAUGCUGAAGCUGCCCCUGCCCCGGGUGGAGCCGCAGCCUUUUCCCCGAGACUGGCCCAGGCCCUCCCGUCCGCUGCCCCCGGGGCUCCUGCAGCCUGCCCUGCAGCGCUACUUCCUGUUAGAUGGCGCGCACCCCGACAGCUACAGCUGACCUGGCUGCCCGCCGGCCCCUCCCUUGCCCUCCCCUCCAGCAGGGAGCCUGGACUCAGCUCCCGGGUCAAGCUGGUUGACCCUGGCCAAGGCAUAGGGCUGGAAUAAAGUCUAGAAGCCACAGCAA